CAGUAAACAGCCAAUCGGCGUUUUCCCAAAUUACCAAAUUUUCAAUUUUCUCUGUCUUCCACAUUUAUUCCUUUCACGGAAUAACCGCAGCAGAAAUCUUUUUCCAUUGAAUUUCUUUCCCUCUGCCUUCCCUCGUCUUCUAAACCUUCUUUUCUUUUGUUUUUUUUGAUAUUUCUUUAAUAAAUAACCUUUUGAAACAUAUUAAAAAAUUUGCUUCAGCUUCAUGGCGUCCAUGUCUUUAACCGCUUCUACAAUGCAUUCUCUGCCUCACUGCCUCCUUAAUUAUCACCGCUUUUCACCGCCUCUUCCUCUCUUUUCUGCAACUUCCAUUUCUAAACGACGUCGUCUCUUCUUCUCCUACCGACAAUUUGCUGCAUCUCACCGCAUCGUCGCUUUAGCGUCCUCAACUGUAACCAAUAACGGCCAACCGAGAAAUGGGAUUUGCACGGUUGGUAAUUUUAUGACUAGAAAGGAGGAUUUGUAUGUAGCAAAAACGACCACAACUAUUGAUGAAGCAUUAGAAGCUAUUGUGGAGAAGAAAAUAUCUGGUAUUCCAGUGGUUGAUGAUGAUUGGAUAUUGGUUGGUGUUGUUUCAGAUUAUGAUUUGUUAGCACUCAACACCAUAUCAGGUGACAAUCAGAGCAGCUCUAGCUUGUUUCCUGAUGCUGAUAGUUCAUGGAAAGCUUUCAAUGAGAUGCAGAAACUACUUACUAAGAACAAUGGGAAAGUUGUAGGUGAUUUGAUGACACCUUCUCCGCUUGUUGUUAAUGAAACCACCCAUCUAGAGGAUGCUGCUAGGUUGCUGCUCGACACAAAAUAUCAUCAACUUCCAGUGGUAGAUGGUGAUGGCAAAUUGGUUGGAAUAAUUACACGGGAAACGGUUGUUACAGCUGCCUUGCAAAUAAAAAAUGCCAGUGAAAGAUCAAGAUGAAUUUCGAUCUUGAUAAAUUUUUAGCUCUCAUGUUCAUGUUGCGAUCCUUUAUUUCGAUAUGGGGGUUCUCCAAUUAGAUAUUCAAGUUACUUUGGAGGCAAAGCGAUCAAUCAAAUCUUCUGCACUAAGAGCCUCUGACUCUCUAGUGUGCAUCAUUUUGUACCAUUAUCUCCUCGUGAGUUCUGGUUUGAAUUUAAUUAUACAUAGGUUGGUAAAUUUUGUCAGAGAUUAUAUAGAUAUAGGAUCCAAUUUGACUUGGCAGCAGACAGGAGUAUGAUGCCAGGUUUCUGUAUGUAUCAUAGCAGCUUUCUUAGUAUGAUUAUCAAUUAUAGCUAUAAAAAGGUAUACAGAUAUGUGAAUUGACCAAAAUAUAUCCAUUUUUAAGGAUUUGAAUAAUUUCCAUUUAGCUGCUUCA